CUGUUAUUGCAGCCAAAGGCUGGGAGUAGCAGCAGCGACAAGGGCAGCUCUGGCUGUGCGAGGGGCUUCGCGCAGUGCCGCUUCCCGGGUGCGUGCGGGGAGAGCGCUGGAGCCCCUUCCGCAGAGCCUGGCCAUGCACAGGGAUUCAGCCGCCGCCUCCACCAGCAGGAACUUUCCUGGCAGGAGCCUAAUGGCUGCGAAGGGGGAAAUCUAAGAACAAAGUCUUCGCCUCCAGCCCAGGCGCCGGGGAGAGGGAGAUCCGGCAGCAAUGAGCCCAGGGGCUGUUUGGCACUGAUGUCUCCGUGCCUCCCCCCGGCGGGAGGACUGAGAAUCCCUGGCUUACCUUCCUGCUCCUCCCCUGGGGCACAGCCGAGCGAGUGAGCGAGGCAGGGGCGGCAGAGGGGCAGCGGCUCCCCCGGGGGUGCUUUGAAACUGACUUCGAAACGUCCACGGGGCCAGGGCUCCCCCGGCCCGCCGGUCGCACCCCGCCGCCUCCCCACCCGCCGGCGUUCCCACGGAGAGCCCGUUUGGCCGCGGGUUUGGGGGAGUGUGUGAAUUUUUAAACUCUCCCCUGCCGGUGUCAUGGCGGUGAAAGGGGCUGCGGCAGGUACCGGAAUGUUGUUAGUAACAGCCAACGUUGGAUCCCUCUUUGAUGAUCCAGAAAAUUUACAGAAGAAUUGGCUUCGGGAAUUUUAUCAGAUUGUACAUACACACAAGCCACACUUUAUGGCUUUACAUUGUCAAGAGUUUGGUGGAAAAAACUAUGAAGCUUCCAUGUCUCAUGUGGACAAGUUUGUUAAAGAAUUGUUAUCAAGUGAUGCAAUGAAAGACUAUAACAGAGCCCGGGUUUACCUGGAUGAGAACUACAAGUCACAGGAACAUUUUACGGCUCUAGGAAGCUUUUACUUCCUUCAUGAAUCCUUGAAAAACAUCUACCAGUUUGAUUUUAAAGCCAAGAAGUAUAAAAAGGUUACUGGCAAAGAAAUCUACUCAGAUACAUUAGAAAGCACACCCAUGCUGGAAAAAGAGAAGUUUCCACAGGAUUAUUUCCCUGAGUGUAAAUGGUCCAGAAAAGGCUUCAUUCGCACAAGAUGGUGUAUUACUGAUUGUGCCUUUGACUUGGUAAACAUUCAUCUUUUCCAUGAUGCUUCCAAUUUAAUUGCUUGGGAAACAAGCCCAUCGGUUUACUCAGGAAUACGACAUAAGGCUCUUGGUUAUGUACUUGAUAGAAUUAGAGAUCAGCGGUUUGAGAAGGUUUCAUAUUUUGUGUUUGGAGAUUUCAACUUUCGACUGGAUUCCAAAUCAGUAGUAGAGACACUUUGUACAAAGGCUACAAUGCAGACUAUCCGAGCAGCUGACACCAAUGAAGUAGUCAAGCUAAUAUUCCGUGAAUCUGAUAAUGACCGAAAGGUUAUGUUACAGUUAGAAAAGAAGCUCUUUGACUAUUUUAAUCAAGAUGUUUUUAGAGACAACAAUGGCACUGCGCUUUUAGAAUUUGACAAAGAGCUGUCUGUCUUUAAAGAUAAAUUGUAUGAACUGGACAUCUCAUUUCCACCCAGUUAUCCAUACAGUGAAGAUUGUAGCCAGGGAAAGCAGUACAUGAAUACUAGAUGUCCAGCUUGGUGUGAUAGAAUUCUGAUGUCGCAUUCAGCCAAGGAACUGAUUCUAAAAUCAGAAAAUGAUGAGAAGAUAGUGAUUUAUGACCAUAUUGGGCCAAAUGUCUGCAUGGGGGAUCACAAGGAAAAAGAUGCCCUCGAAAUGAGAAGAUCUUUCGUGAAACCACCCUGUAGCAUGGAGGAGGAAAGAAUAAGCAGUAUAUUGAAAUGCAUAAUCCUAACAGCUGUAUUGAUAAAUCAAGUCUUGAGUGCCACAUUUUUAGACUGCUGAUCGUACACUAUGCUUCAGCAUCUGGACUUUGUUCGGGAAAAGCCUCACAUACCUCACUGUCUUGUAUGUUCAUGUGACAUCAAGUAGAAAUGUGGAAUUAUAUAUAUAUAUAUAUAUAUAUAUAUA